AUGGUGCGCGUGCCUGGAUCUCUUGGGGGCUCCGGAUUUCACCCUAAGGCGGGAUCGGACCGAUACGCGUUCGCUGACUCGCCGAUCAGGCUCGAUCCGGACUACCUGGACGCGAUCGCGGACAAGGCCCAGAUCGUAAGGAAGAAGCUGAGAGCGCCAGGCUUGGACGACGAAGAUCCCAGACCGUCGGCGCUCGACUGGUCCGAGGCUAACCUGGAUCGUCAGUAUCACUUGAAGGAACUGCGAGACUUCUUGCGUCAAGAUCCUGUCAUGGUGAUCGUGCGGCCAGAGCAGAUCGACGACCAGAAGGACCCGAUCUCGGCCCCCCCGAGUGACGGAUAA